GGUCUUUGCGACAGUGUCAUCUACUUCCGGUUGCUUCCAUCCUGUCGGAAGGGAAACAUAUGACUCGUCUGCUGCGUUGAGACUGAAACCUGCAGACUAAAACCUUCCAAAGGCUGCUUUGGGAAACCAAAACAAACAUUUGGAGCCAGUUUCAAAGCUGCAGUGAUGAAGGUGAGCUCCUCACAGAGAGUCUUCCUCCACUGACCCUCCUCUUCCUCCUCUAACCUCCUUGUGGACCUGCUGAGGGCGGGGGGGCGACCCGGGAUGGACAGCAGGUGCAGCAGCAGCGCAGACUCCCGGCUGACGGCCAGGGGGGGCGGCUACUCCAUCAACAGCACCCCCAUCUCCACCCGCAUGGAGUCCUUCGAGGCCGGGGAGAAGAAGUGCAUCUCCGACGUGAGGAGGACCUUCUGCCUCUUCGUCACCUUCGACCUCCUCUUCAUCACCCUGCUCUGGAUCAUAGAGCUCAACCGUAACGGGGGGAUUCAGUCGCAGCUGGAAAAAGAAGUGCUGCACUACGACUAUCACGCCUCCUUCUUCGACAUCUUUGUCCUGGCAGUCUUCAGGUUUGCUGUCCUCAUCUUGGCGUACGCUGUCUGCCGGCUCCGUCACUGGUGGGCCAUCGCUAUCACCACUGCAGUCAGCUGUGCUUUCCUCAUCGUUAAAGUCAUUUUAUCAAAGCUGCUGUCCCAGGGUGCGUUCGGGUACCUGCUGCCCAUCAUCUCCUUCGUGUUGGCCUGGAUAGAAACCUGGCUGCUGGACUUCAAGGUGCUGCCGCAGGAGGCCGAGGAGCUCAGCAGAUAUCAGUCCAUCGUGGAAGCAGAACGAGCUCCUCUCAUGGGUCCGGGUCCGCUCUCUGACGGCCAGUUCUACUCUCCACCGGAGUCCGUGGCAGACUCUGACGAGGAGCUGGACGAUAAACAUGAUCCAGAAAAAGGGCUUAUUCAGCAGGUGACCUAACAGGGUCGGCUCUUCUGAAGAACCUCUGCCUUACGCAUUCAUCCAUACUUUUUAUUUGCCUCUGAGAAGUCUCUGUUUAAUCAUACCCACAAUGCACCUUGCUGUCUGAUAUCAGCCUUCUGCAUGUGCACCUUGGCCUGGAAAAAGUGCCGCUUAUAAAGAGGCAUAUAUUCCCUUUCACAGGGUCGUCGUCCUCACAUUGAAUAUUCUCUGGUGCUUGAAGGAGGAUUCAUAUUAGUGGAUAUUUACACACAAAACUGCACGCUGAAUUGGACUUCCACACAGAUUUAAUCAGAACGUUUUACAUCCGUUUCAGAGGGUUUUUACUCGAUGUUUGAUCAAAACACUGUUUAUUUCUUCUCUUAGGUAUACAUCUGUUUACUUUUCUAUGUGUCUUCAUGUGCUUGGGUUUGAAUUUACUGUAAAAGAAAAUAAGCUUGCUCCAAAAACUCUGCAAAAUUAAAAUGAAGGAAUUUCUUUUUGGCCAGUUUUGAACCGUUGGAGCAGGGUGUGUAGCAAAUGUGAUUUUACGUAACGGAGCGAUGAAUGUGCAGCACUUAAACGGAGUAUAUGAACUGUGAGCUGUUCUAAAAGAGCUGCUGUUACACCCAUGUGGAGCUCCACAUCAUAUAAAACAUGUAUAUAUGUAUUCAUGCAUGCCUUACAAGCCGAGUGAUUUUGUUUUUAUGGAAAGGUCUGGAGAAAGGAAUCAUUAAAAUGUGAAAUCUG